CAUUUUCAUGCUUUUUCCUCAUCACAUUUCGCUAUAAAAUCCUAACCAAACCCACAUAAUUCUUCCCCCUUUCUCUCUCCUCCCUCUCUCUCCUCAGCAACAUUCUGUGUUCUUCUUGUUAUCACUGAAUCUCUGCCCUCCCCUGUUUCUCUCUCCUCUCCUUCUAUGUUCCUCCUCCUGCUUAUAUAAAGCUUCCUCUUUUACGCCUGAAUCAAGAAACCCACUUCUGGGUUCUCUCAGUUCCCACCAAUUCUCCCGCAAAAAUCCCACUUUCUCGAAUCAUUUCCAUCCGGGUUAGGGUUUUUCGCUACUGCUCUGUUUCUCAACUACCAUCUCCUCUGUUCUGAACCACUUGUUUCUUUUUUCGAAGAUAGAUUAAUGCUCAACCUCUUGUUCUUGAUGUUCGAAAUUCAUGUCUCCAAUUCUCAGUGAGCUCUUCCUCUCGGGAGUCAUAAUUAAUUCCACAUAUAGACGCAGGACCCACCUCGUUCAAUCCUUCUCCGUUGUCUUCCUCUACUGGUUCUAUUUCAUCUCAUAAUUAUAACCUCGCCCUAUUUCUAUAUACCUGUAGCAAUAUUAUUAUAUAUAUAUAUAUAUAUAUAUAUAUAUAUAUAUAUAUAUAUCUGAAUUAGUCCAGAAUAUUAUUACCUGGGUCCUGUUUAAUUCCCAAUAAAUCUCUCUUAAUCCAAUAUUAUUACAAAAAUAAUCCUGUGUUUUCGUGAGGUUAUUAAUAAUUCAAAUCCAAAUCCAAAACCCAUGGCUUCCUCUAGCGGGUCCCCAUCGUCCGGUUCAACGUCUCUGGUUCAAAACUCCGGUUCGGAGGAAAAUCUCCAGCUACUGAUGGACCAGAGGAAGAGGAAGAGAAUGGUAUCGAAUCGGGAAUCGGCGAGGAGGUCUCGGAUGAGGAAACAGCGACACCUGGACGAUCUGACGGCCCAGGUUGCCGAGCUGAGGAAAGAGAACAAUCGGAUAAUCACGAGCGUCAGCGUCACGACGCAGCAGUUCUUGAGCGUGGAAGGUGAGAAUUCGAUUCUCAGGGCUCAGGUGGCUGAGCUCAGCCACAGACUGCAGUCUUUGAAUGAGAUUGUGAGUUUUGUGAAUCUGAGUGGCCGGGGGAAUGGGUUUUUGGGCACAGAGGAGCCUUACUGCACUGAAUCUUUUGAUGGGUUCCUGAAUAAUUCGUGGAAUUAUGUGGGUUUUAACCAACCCAUCAUGGCAGAGACGUUGCAGUAUUGAUCUCCAAUCACCUAUCAGUGCUCAUGAAACACUGCUGGACACGUCACGUGGGGUUCGAGUUCAAGUGUGCGGAUCCCGAGUAAUUGUGCGGUGUAUAAUCCAGUUGGGUCUUUUAAUUUUCUAGAGAGAGAGAGAGGGGAGGGUGUAUAUUAUGUUUGUAAGGAAUAAUGCAGGGAGUGGUUGAGCAUGAGGGUUGGAAAUUGGUAAGGAUUUUCAAGAGCUUCUUGCGAUUUCUCUCUCUGGUGAUGUAAUGGUUAUCGAUAAGUUGUUAAUGGUACUUGAGUUAUCUUCUUGAA